AUGGCAGACCAAAUUCAGGAGUUUAUGGAUGUCCCAAAAGACUUUAUCAAAGACGGUACUCAAUUCAUCAAUAAAUGCACAAAGCCUGAUCGUCGCGAGUUCAUCAACAUCGCCCGAGCUGUCGCUAUGGGAUUUGUCAUCAUGGGCGCCGUCGGAUAUAUCGUGAAAUUGAUUCAUAUACCACUCAACAACAUAUUGGUCGGUGGCGCGUAG